CAGCCAGCAAACUUUUUGUGCCGUGGAGUGGAUGGGAUGGAUUGUGAAAGGCUACAACCAUCAAGAUUUCAAGAAUUUUAAUUAAUGAACUUCGAACAAUAAAAAAUAGGACUACCACUUGAGGAUUGUGUAAUACGUCACCAUUUGGAUAAAUAAACAUGGCCUGGACCAAAUAUCAAAUCAUCCUCGGGGUGGUCAUGGUUAUUACCGGUUCUCUAAACACUUUGACUACCAAGUGGGCUGAUAAACUUUCUGCAGCUGGAAGUGAUGGGGUGGUUAGGCAGUUCGAUCAUCCGUUCCUUCAGUCCUCUACAAUGUUUCUGGGGGAAAUUUACUGCCUUCUCGCAUUCAAACUUAUUUUAUUCUACCAGAUCUAUAAGCAAAGACAGGGUAAUUCCUAUGAAGAAAGUACUGCAACCAGAGGCAACCAGGAGUUCAACCCGAUGAUAUUUCUCCCACCAGCUCUGUGUGACAUGGUGGCUACGUCACUCAUGUACAUCGGACUCAACUUGACCCAUGCUUCCAGUUUCCAAAUGUUAAGAGGUUCAGUGAUAGUGUUUGUGGCGCUUCUAUCGAUGGCUUUCCUGGAGCGUCAGUUGGUAUGGAAGCAUUGGACGGGAAUUUCCCUCAUUGUGCUUGGUCUGUUCCUGGUUGGAUGGGCAGAUAUUAUGCAUUCUGGACAGGAUACGGAUAUAAAUGGAACAAUUACAGGAGAUUUGCUUAUCAUUAUGGCUCAGAUAAUCACAGCAAUGCAGAUGGUUUAUGAAGAAAAGUAUGUAAAUUCCAAAGACAUCAAUCCAUUACAGGCUGUGGGCUGGGAAGGAACGUUUGGAUUCCUAGCUCUGGCUUUGCUACACAUUCCGUUCUACUACUGGAAGGUUCCUCCUCCAUUCUCCAACAACUCACGGGGUACCUUGGAAGACAUUCCGGACGCAUUUGUUCAAAUGUCCAAUAACAAACUCAUCAUUGUUGCUCUUAUUGGUACUGUCGUUAGCAUCGCUUUCUUCAACUUUGCCGGCAUCAGUGUUACUAAGGAGUUGUCCGCUACUACCAGGAUGGUGUUGGACUCUGUUCGCACUCUCAUCAUCUGGGCUGUCUCCCUUGCGUUGAGUUGGCAAGAGUUUCAUCUCCUCCAGGUUCUCGGAUUCUUCUUCCUCAUUCAAGGAAUGUGUGUCUACAACGAUCUGCUACCCUCUUUCGCAUCGCUGAGACGACGUUUGCGUAACGAUGAAGACCCUCUGAUCAGUCAACCUCCCGACCAGCCUUAGUACCUCUGUAGAUCAGAGAAGUUUGCUAGUUACUCGUUUGUGCAGUCAUUUGCCUUAUCGUAAAACUUAAAAACCAAUUGCAAAACCAUUUUAUACAUCUUUUCAAGGUAACAAAUUCUUCUUCUCCCCUGCUCAAUUGACACUAAAUUUAAAUUUACUAACAUUUUAAAUUGACUUAAAUCUAUGCUGAAUUUAUGAGUUGUAAUACCCAGACACCAAUUUUGCUUUUAUUUUUAGCUUUUAGAUUCAAUCAAUAUGAAUUAUGUGAACGAUUUGUUUCUAACAGCAACAGCGUUCAUUUUGGAUCAGGUUCACUUAUCAAAAGCCUAAUACUAGCUAAACAUUUUAACUGUCAAAAAAUGUUGCAGACUAAAUCCUAUGUGGUCGUAUGAAUGAAUGAACGUAUUUCUUCUGCUUCUUCUUCCAAGGAAUUUUUAAUGUGAAGACAGAAAUGCCAUUAAGGCUACAUGUCAACUAGUCAAGCCUGCUGAAAAAAAUAAAAUUAUAACUUGACUUGAUUUUUACUAAAUCAUUGUUAAAACUUGGACCAAUCUACUUUAUCAAAAUUUUGCAUCUUCAAUUUGGAUUUUAAAGACAAAAUUAUUAAAUUGAGGGAGAACGGGAAGUAUAGUUUUGCCAAGCUUUCUUUAUUUUACGAUGAUUUUUCAAAGUGAAAAACAUUACUCUAGUAUUUACUCAUGUUAUAUUUAUUCGGCGAAUGUGAUAUAGAAAAUAAGCAAGUGACUGUACUAGGCAAUUGAAACUUGACUGAACGAUUAAAAAUGUGUGAAGUAUAAAGGUUGAUUCACACAUAUCAGUUCCCUCACAGACCAGUCACAGUUCAGUCUCAGUUGCAUCCAUAAUUUCUCGGUCAAACUGUCAUUAAUUUGGUUUCAGUCAGUCUUCCGUCACUUAAUUUAUAGUGAUGUUACAGUCACUGUAAAUUAAAACACAAUAUUCUAUCAAUUUUUUACGUUCAAUCUUGUUGAUUGUUACAAAAAACACUAAAAAUUAAGAAACUAUCAUUUAAAUAAAAAAAAAAACACUAUUUUCUAACCUCAUACACAUUUGUUAGGCAUCCAACAAAUCCAAAAAUAUAGGUGAGAAGAAAUCUGAAACUGAAUGGUGGACGCCAGCAGAGCGACUGACGGAACUGCGUUGGAUGAGUGUAGAUAGCGCAAUAGAAAAUCCAUUCAAGAAUAAAUUGUUUGACUGUGACGCGAGACACGACUAAUGUGACUGGAAUGUGACGUGUCGUAACUGAUAUAUGUGAAUCGACCUUAAGAGUUAUAAUAUCAUGUUGUGGUUUAUACUUGAUAACAAUUUUGUGAUUUUAGAAAUAAGCAAUGGGUGAAUCAUUUCCUCCUCUUUUAUAACAUAACAUUGCCCUUUCGCCCUUUUAAUCUGAUAAGUUAGUUUGUGGCAUUUAUGUAGAGUUAAAUACGUUUGUGCCAAUAAUUAUGUUGGUCAAUAGAAAAGCAUCUGUAUAUAAGUUGCAUUAUUUUAUGUUUGACAUAUUUAGUUUGUAUAUUGCAUUUUUUGCAUAAAUUAUUAAAAAGUUUAGGAUGUACACUGUUUUAUUGUAAAUUCAAUCAUUAAUUUUUCAACAGUUAAUUUCUUUUACUAAAUAAGUUUUGACAAAUGUUACUGCAAUGCAUAGGACUGAUUUGUCUACAGUAAAAUAAAAACCUUUAAAAAUGCAUGUUUCAUAUUAUAAUGGUGAAAAUAUUUGUUCUAUUCUUUGUUAGACAAUGAUGUAUAUUGUGAAUGUUUAUGGUGCCAAUUUCAUAAAAAUAUCUAUUAUUACCCAAAGAAAAGGUGUUAUAGAAAGUUUGUACUUUAUGAGUUGCCCACUAAUCUAUUAAUAGCCAAUAGCCAUAUAGUUACCCAAUAUAGUACAUUAUUUGUAGUUUUAGCGUAUUUCCCUAUAGGGAAGUGGCUAUUACUGUAGGUAAGACGUAGACCCAGGACCAAUUUAUCUUUUCAUUUUGAUGUCCCUAGAGGUCAACAACAUUUAUGGGCUUAUGACUAACAAGGAGGAAAGUAUGUGUUAAUUUCUGGCUAUUUUUAUUUUCUUUAUUAUCCGAACUAUCUAACUCAAUAGUUCUUCUACAUUCUAACUAAAAGUUUACUGACAAAGUUUUUAUUUAUUAAUUCAGUUACUAUUAUCUUUAUAGACUUGCAUAUGUUUGGAUGACAAUUAGGUUAAAAAGCAAUAUACUAACCUCCAAUUAGAAAUCUGAAAAAUCAAUGAAUAAGACUGAAGAGUUAAUUGGAUGAAACCAAAGUUACUAAUCAAAAUGUGAUGACAAAGACUUUCAUCUGGGUUUCUUCCUUUUAUUUUUUCUGAUUGUGUUUAUUUUUAUAACCUAUUGUGUUUCUAGCAUAGCCUGUCUUAUAGUUUAUGUGAUAGGAAAAGCAGUUAUGUAGGACGUACAAUUAAUUGAGAAUGGGAGGAUGAAAGUUCAUCAUAGCAACAUUUCAUCGAAAGAAAUUGACCUUAUUUAGUCAAAUUGUUAAUUUCAAGCCUCUUGUUGCUAAAUCCUUGAAACCAUCUAACCGAAACCAAGCGUAGACUCUUUGUUGCUAACUUAAAAUCUUUUUGGAGUUGGACAGGUUCAAUUCAACCAAGAGAUUCUGUUGAUACAACUUAACUUUUUGUUAGCAUCAUUCUGUUAAGUUUUUCCCCAGUGCAUUAUGAAUUAUCAAUCGUUGAGAUGGGGACUCCAUAUCUUUAACCUCCUUUCAAUGGUGUAUUUUUCAAUAAUCUUAUCAUAAGUAUAGCCAUAAAUAUAUUUUUGGGAAUUGUUGAUAUAAAUUUGUUCUGUAUCAAAACUAAUAAAUUGUACUCCUAUGUUGUUAUAUAUUAUUCAAGAAAAUAAAGGUAUCUCAUUUUUA